AUGAACAUGAAAAUUGCAUUCAUAACAACCAUCAUAUGGGAUAUCAUUUCUAUCAUCACAUUACUCAUAUGGAUCAAUGACUAAGACAUCUCCGCAUUAAGUAAGUGCAAAUAUAUUAUAUUUAUUAAGAAUCCAUCCUGGAUUAAUGCAAGCCUUACAAACUUCUUUUUCACAUAAAGUACAUUACUUCGAAUGAAAAUUUGCAUUCAUAAAUUCCAUCAAAAGGAAUCAUAUUACUGUAAUCACAUUCUUCUGUACCUAAAGUUAAUUUAUCUCCACAUAUUGGAGUGCAUCUAUUAAUAUUUAGUUCCCAUCCUUCAACAUCACAAGCUCUUCAUUAUUCUUUUUCAUAUUGA